AUGCCAAAUGAUAAUGCUACACCAUACGAAGGCAAUAAUCACCCAAUAAUUGCACGGGUAGUCAUAAAAGCUCCAGAGCUUUGGCGCAAUGAACCAGAACUAUGGUUUCUUCAGCUGGAGGCGCAGUUCCGACAAGCCAAAAUAUCAUCUGACAACUGCAAAUUCGAUCAUACUGUUGCUAGUUUAAACAGUGACAUACUAAUAGAAGUGGCGGAUAUUGUAAAGAAUCCAACUGCUGGCAAUGCCUAUACACAACUGAAAGCUCGCCUUCUCGAAAGGUAUGGCAUUAGCUCAGAUGAAAGGAUCCACAGAUUAAUGGAGCUCACUCUGGGUGACUUAAAACCCACUCAACUACACAGAAUGCAAGCUCUGGCCACGGAUAGCAUUAGUACACAAGUUCUAAAAAAUUUUUGGUUGGACCGCCUACCACCUUCGGUUUGA